CAUAUGAUAAUGCACGGCGUCUUCUCGUGUUCCGAGCUUUAAGUUACCAGGCUCCUCCACCCCCAAAGGCCACCCUGGGAUCUCGGACACCGGUACCAAUGUUUGCCUGUUUACUUACCGUAAAAUGACCCAAACCUGACAGGUAGAUUGACGAACGCGUCGCUUUCAGAAUAUCCCGGCUGCUCGUCUCGACCUGCAGGAGACAGGGCUGGUGCUUUUGGUCAGUUUUUGCAUUUUGUAAUUAAAUGGUGUCAGAGGUUUAGAAAGAUGGUGGAAGUUCUAGAGGCGGGGGACUAUGUCUCCAUUGCAGUCUACUUUGUCUUGGUGCUGUCCGUUGGAUUAUGGUCCACAUUCCGACCAAACAGAGACAGUACAGCCGGGUAUUUCCUGGCUGGAAAGGAGAUGCAUUGGUUUCCGGUGGGAGCGUCCAUCUACGCCAGCAACGUUGGCGCCCCCAUGUUCAUCGGUCUGGCCGGAACGGCGGCGGCAGGCGGCUUUGCAUGUGCGAUAUACGAGUGGCAUGCCAUCUACCUGCUGAUUGCUCUCGGCUGGAUCUUCGUUCCUGUCUACGUCGCCAGCGGGGCGUUCACAAUGCCGGAGUACCUGAAGAAGAGGUUUGGGGGGAGGAGACUGAGAGUCUACCUGUCUGGCUUGGCCCUCAUCUUGUACAUCCUCACCAGAAUAACGGCUGAGGUGUACUCGGGCGCCAUCUUCAUCCAACAGCUGCUGGGGCUGAAUCUAUACGUGUGUGUCGUCGUCAUCCUCGGCGUCACUGCCAUCUACACCGUAGCUGGCGGCCUUGCUGCUGUGAUCUACACGGACACCCUGCAGACCAUCAUCCUCCUCAUCGCGUCCUUCAUCCUCAUGAUCAUCAGUUUCAUGGAGGUUGGUGGCUGGGAACAGAUGAUGCGGAAGUACGUCACGGCCGCUACCAACUACACUCUGGCGGACCCAGAGAAGUACCAGUGUGGGAUGCCCAGGAAAGACUUCUUCCACAUCUUUAGGGACCCAGUAGAAGGAGACCUUCCCUGGACGGGCACCGUGUUCGGGCUUACCACCCUCGGCCUGUGGGUGUGGUGCACUGAUCAGAUCAUGGUACAAAGAUGUCUCUCCGCCAAAAACUUGAGUCAUGCCAAAGGUGGUUCCGUGUUCGCAGCCAUUCUGAAGAUCUUCAACUUCUUCCUGUGGAUUGUCCCCGGCAUGAUCAGCCGAAUCCUCUUUCCCGAUGAUGUUGCUUGCGCCGACCCCGACCACUGCGAGCGAGUCUGUCAGAACCGAGCCGGCUGCACCAACAUCGCCUACCCACUUCUGGUCCUCAGAAAAAUGCCCGUAGGUCUGAAGGGGGUGAUGCUAGCCGCCCUCCUCGCCGCCCUCAUGAGCUCCCUCACCUCCAUCUUCAACAGCGCCAGCAGUAUGUUCACCAUGGACAUCUGGAAGAGGUUCAGGACGAAGGCGUCCCAGUCGGAGCUGAUGAUCGUGGGGCGAGUGUGUGUGCUGGUGUUGAUCGGCAUCAGCAUCCUGUGGCUUCCCAUCCUUCAAGCGGCGCAGAGUGGUCAACUGUGGAGCUACCUCCAGGCCGUGUCAUCCUACACCGCCCCGCCCUGGACCUGCAUCUUCCUCCUCGCACUCUUCUGGAACAGGACGACCGAGCCGGGUGCGUUCUGGGGUCUUAUGAUCAGCCUGGUGGCAGGAGUCAUCCGGAUGGGGAUGGAUUUCUCCUACCCGGCCCCCUUCUGCGGCAGCGAUGAUGUAGACACCAGGCCGGUAGUGUUAUCUAAAAUCGGCUUCCUUCACUUCGCCAUCAUCCUGUCCGGUGUCUCCGUCCUCUCAACUGUCAUCAUAUCUCUCUUGACGAAACCCCGACCCCCAGAGAAGCUGCGCCGUGUCACGUGGUGGACCCGCCAUGACCCGCUGGACGCCGAGGAGUCGGAGUCUGAAGAUGACUUUGGUUCUGAGGAUGGUGAUGACGAGCCAGUAACUCCAAUACCAAAGAACAAGUCGGUGGGACGGAAGCUGUACAACUGGCUGUGCGGCAUCGAUGACAAACCAAAGCCCAAGAUCACCAAGGAGGAAAGGGAUCUCAUCAAGAAGAAGAUGACGUCAAUAUCCGAACAUCCCCGCGCCCGGAGGGUGGCGAAUAUCGCCGCUAUUGUGUCGGCGGUUGUCACGGCCUUCCUGCUUGGCUUCUUCUACUAGAGCUGUACCGGGACAUCUACUAGUAUUUCCGCUCAGGAGUACUUCAUCUCGUUUUGAUUUGGACAAAGUAUCCUCAUUCUAAGGUAACCUGGUAUCGGGUAUUGGUCAAUGGCUUGUUGGGAACAUUUGCUCUUCUGAUUUGAAGACUGAGAUAAUUCGAAUUGAAAAUCAAACGGGCGAUAGAAUUAUGACACAGUUCUGAUUUACUGACCAAUCCUAAUGCAAAGUUUACUUGGUAUCGGACUAAUGGUCAAGUGGGUUGUCGGAACAUUUGGAAUGUUGUCUUGAUUUGAAAUAAUUCUUGCUGGUAAUCGAACUAACUAUAAAAAAUAUGAAACAGUUCGGUUUGUUGACUACGUUUGAAGAUUUGGAUCAAAGUAGAACUUUUAAUUAAUAUUUAUGACCAAUACAGAGAUUAAGAAUGAAAUUGACUCGAAACUGUCAUUACACAAUGGUAAGUUCCUUUUUUUGCAAUGAUACUUUGGAGGACAUUUUGACUAUUACACUAUAUGGUACUAUGUCGUUCUAUGCACUGUACAUGUGUUUGUAUUACAGUUUGUCAAGGUCGUUUUGUGUGCUUUUCGAAACAUAUUUUUGUGAGAGAGCGCAUUACAGUUCAGGGCGGAAGGGUAGCCUAGUGGACAAAGUGUCCAUCACUCGGAAGCCUGGGUUCGAUUCCUCAGAUAGGUGAAAUGUGAGAAGCCCAUUUCUGGUGUUCACGCUGGGAUGUUACUAAGAGCGGAGCAACACCACACCUACUGACUGUUAACACGAUGCUCUGGCGAUUUCAUUUUCUCAGUGCAAAUACAUCAUCUGUCAUUGGCGUGUGGGUCUUAGUGUACAGCUUGGCGUGUUUUGAGAUGCUCUGCUUGUCAGUCCUGUUGUAAAGUGGUUUCUCGGUGACAAAUCCAAACCCUCAGUAUAUCUAGAAAUUCCAUUGGGCGUGUCCUACCACCAAUAUAUAGAUCUGAAAAAGGACACGCUGUACAUUUAUUUGGCAGUAACACUGUAUAUGCACUGCGACCCUAACGGUCUGUGACCCAAAACUUAUAAUUCGAAGGCACUAUCAACAUUUGUACAGUUAAUGCAAAACUGAGUAUAGUCCAGCGUUUAGUUAUUCGAUUGGUGUUUUAAAUAAAAUUAUUCGAUAUUAUAAUAUUUUAUAUAGGAACUGUAUUGUGUUGAUAUUGUGAUAUUUUUUAAAUUUUUGUAAUGCUCUUAGACAUGGAAUAUAUAUUUGUCAGGAUCAUGUGCGUGAGGUGUAGACAAUAUAUUCAUACAUGUAAAAUAAAAUUGUUGACUAUA